GGUGGAUGGAGCUCGGCGCAUGCGUAAACAUUUUACUAUACUCAGACAGAAAGUGAGACAGUAACGAGUGGCGCAUUGUUAAAUGAGUAACGCCUGUAACUCUUGGAUUUCGCUGUGUGAUUUGACUUUAACUGCUCCAAGUCGAGAUGUUUGGCUUUCAUAAGCCAAAGAUGUACCGCAGCCUUGAUGGAUGUUGCAUCUGCAGGGCAAAAUCCUCCAGCUCUCGUUUCACUGACAGCAAACGCUAUGAGAGAGACUUUCAGAGCUGCUUUGGUUUAGGGGAGACUCGCUCUGGUGAAAUCUGCAAUGCUUGUGUUCUGCUGGUGAAACGCUGGAAGAAGCUUCCCGUCGGUUCCAAGAAGAACUGGAAUCAUGUGGUUGAUGCGCGAGGGGGACCCAGUCUGAAAACUACAGUGAAGUCAAAGAAAGUCAAAUCCCUGUCCAGUCGGAUCAGACCGAACCAGCUCAGCAGAGUUCAGAAGGAGCUGAAGCGACACAAUUCAGAUGCUCACAGCACCACCUCCAGCGCCAGCCCCGCCCAGUCGCCCAGCUACAGUAACCAAUCAGAUGAAGGCUCUGACUCGGAGUUGACUCCUGGCUCCGCCCGCUCUCCAGUCUUUUCCUUCUUGGACCUGACAUACUGGAAAAGGCAGCGGGUGUGUUGUGGCAUCAUCUAUAAAGGUCGCUUUGGGGAGGUUCUGAUUGACCUUCAUCUCUACAAGCCCUGCUGUCAGAAAAAGCAAGAGCAGGAGGAGGAGGAGGAGGAGGAGGAGGAGGAGGAAGAGGAGGAAGACGGUGACCUUGAGAAAGAGGAGGUGCAGAGCAGUCAAGAAAUUCUCUCGUCCAUUCAACCGCACUCCUCUCCUCAAAUAAAAAUGGAGCAGGAAGUGGAUGAGGAGUGGUGAUGCCACAUUCCCACAGUACUGAUUUGACAUUCUUAGGAAGCCUUCGAGAGUCGAAACCCACUCUCAAAGACGUUCUCUUGGAUUGCCUUCGAUUCAAGAGCAGCUGGAUCCUUGCUCGUCUUUUCCUGUUUCUUUCUUUCUUGUUGAGAAUGUGUCUCUUUCAUUUCCUUCACAGUCAAAUCAACUUUUCUUUAUCAAACUGAACUGUCGUCCUUGUUUUCCAGAGCCUGGUACCACGCUAUUCCAUUUCCUAUGAGGAUUUUAUUUUUUUUGUAGACCAGAGAAAAUGAGUUUCCUUUCUUGCUAUCCCGCUCAAACACAGAAUGCUGGAUCUACAUACAUCAUGCAUAGAAAUCUAGACAGUGACCACAAUCCUACGCUGUCACUUUUGUACUCUUGAGCACCAUUCUGCCCUUCCUCUGGGGAGACUGUCUCUCUGCACUUAGUGUACAGUAUUUAGUAUACCUCGAGCAGCAUCUGCUAAAUUCUAGCUCAGUGAAGAUGAUGUUCCACCAUUUUGCUGGGAUAUAGCGAUUAUUUAGGGAAGAUCUUUGCCUUUUAUAUAUUUAUUUUUUUCUAUCUUUGUCUUUAUUGUUAAGGUGUACUCUGAUUUUUUCCUCUCAGUUUUAUUUAAAGGUACAGGUCACCUAAGUGUUUUUUUUUAUUUUUUAAAUGUGUCGCUAUUCUGUCAUUCACCCUCAUGCUGUUCCAAACCUCUUUCAAUUUCUUUUUUUUUUUUUUUCGUGGAACACAAAAAGUGAGUUUUUGAAGAACAUCUAGCUGCUUCAUUCAAAAUAAUGGAAGUGAAUAGGGACUGGGGCUGUCAAGCUCCAAAAGGACUAAAGCACCCCAAAAGUAUCUUAACAAUUGAGCUGUGCUCUAUGCUCCAAGUCUUUUAUAGCCAUAUGAUAGCGAUAAACGCGUUUAUGUCAUAUGGACUUCUUUUAAUAAAUAUUUACUGUGCUUUUUGUCUUGAUUGCUUCAGUUCCCCUUCACUUUUAUUAUACAGAAAAGAUACUGCAUGAUAUUCUUGAAAAACUCACUUUUUUGAGUUUAAUGUAAGGAAAGUGAAGUGUGAUGAUGUGAAGGUGAGUAAAUGACGACAGAUUUUUAGUUUUAGGGUGAACUGUCACUUUUAAACCCUGAUUUCAGUGCGGGUUGUCUGUAUUCAGCCUCUAAUAGGCAACUCAACUCAUAGUGUUUUACUGCAAACGUUUCCCCAGACAGCUUUUCUGUGGUGCUGAGGCAGAUUGGGCAUGGCCAACCAAAAAUAAUGCCUGGCUAUCUACACUCUUGUAUUCAGUGUACUAAUGUAAAUAUCCAAAAGUGUAGAUUUGAUUUAAGGUUUGUGGAAACGAGCAUGAACGCUACGGAGACUAUUGUCUUGAUGAAAAUUUGCAUGAAUUUUGCAUGGCAUUUUUAGAUUUUUCAUUUCUUUUUAUUUGUUUUGCAACCAUGUUGCAACAUAAUUUAAUAAUAAUUUGGGCACAUUUUGAGACAGUCCCAAUAUAUUUUUGUAGAUAAAUACAAGAAAAGUACACAAAUGAAAUCAGGCUUUGACUACAACGUGGCAUCUCAAGAUGUCAGUGUUGUUUAAUUAUUACAGGGAUUUAAUUGUCUUCAGCUAUUUUUUAGAAUUGGAUAUUUUCAAUAUUGUCUCAUUCAAAGCCAAAAAGCCCAACAUUUUUGCUAUUUAUUCAGUCAUCUUAUAUAUGCAUGACAGAUACUACUUCUUUUUUACUGUCAUGAAAGAAUUGAGCACAUGGUCUGAACGUUUUGGUCGUUUUUUUUGCCUUUUGCCUUUUUAUGCCAGGGAAAACUUUUUAAAAAAACUGAAAGGCUAAACCAAUGUCAGCUUGUACAUUUUCAUUAUAAAUGACUUGUCUGUAAUAAGCUUUCAUAUAAUGAGUAUUCAUACUAAAUAUCCCAAGGUUUCCCCUUUGUUUCAAUAGGUCUGUCCUGCCUGUUCUUUAUAAUUUUAUUGUUUAUGAUAGCCUUGGUUGUCUUGGAUUGUACAAAUUACAUUGACGCACACAUACUUCUGUUUAAUUCCAAGGGGUGGCGAUAGAGAGCUCAUUUGUUUCACACAAAACACUCCAUUGCACAUGAAUUUUAAUUCUUCUCUCUAAUAUAUGCUCUGUUUUGAAAUGGGUAUUUUGAUGGUGGCAGCUUGUGGCUUUAGUGUGAAUAUGCCACAUCACGGAAUGACAUGAACAAUGACUGUAUUUGUGAUAACAUCCGUUCAGGUGAAGCACCUACAUGGGGAUUCCAAUCGUGUCUUGUCUAUGAUGGCGGUUUUUGUAAAUAUAAGAUGUGUAAGACUGAACGACAGUUAUUAUGAAUACUCUUUUGUCUUAUUUAUUUUAUAUUUAUUUUUCUUGUGGUCUUUUCUUUUUAAGUCUCAUCUGAUUUUGUCAUAGGACUGACCUGUCCUAACAACACUGCAAUAUGGACUGAAAACGCUUUUACACAUCACAGAUUGUCAGCCGAGACU